AUGACGGAUGCAGGAUUCUUUAAGGGAACCAGUGCUGAGCAAGAUAACCGUUUUGCGGACAAGAAGAAAAAACUUCUCAAAUCUAUGAGAUUUGCAGAUGGAUUGGAGAAAAAGGUGGAUAUGAACAAAGUCAAUGUGGAGACUUUGAAGCCAUGGAUCUCACAGAGGAUUACUGAAUUAUUAGGCAUCGAAGAUGAUGUGCUUGUUGAAUUUGUUUAUAAUCAGUUAGAGGAAAAACAACAGCCAGACCCUAAGGAUAUACAGAUUAAUAUUACUGGAUUUUUAAAUCCUAAAAAUGCAAGAGUAUUCAUGCAAGAAUUAUGGGACCUCUUGAUAAGUGCACAGGACAAUGUCAGUGGUAUUCCAACCAAGUUUUUAGAACAAAAGAAAGAAGAAAUAAAGAAGAGACAGGCUGAGCAAGAACGUAUCCAGGCUGGUCUAAGAAAGCAAGAGGAACACAUAAAGGAGAGUCUGAGCAAAGAGCGACGGGAUAUUGACAGGAGGGACCACCGAUCAUCAGACAGGUCAAGAAGUUCUUCAAGUCAUUCAUCCAAAGAAAGCAGUCAGUCUCCUUCACCGCAUAGACAGAGGAUUGACUCUAAGUCCCCCAACUCUGCACCAGUUGCCUCUUCUCCUGGAAAUAAUGUCAAAGAAGAUUUAAAACCAGUAGAUGCUAAUGUAGAAGUUGUUGAUAUCAAUGAAGAUCCUGAAAAAGAAAAUAUUAAGAAUUUAGACAACAAGAAAAAGACUGAAGAACCCAAAUAUGUUGAUGAUAAAUCUGCAGUCAAAAAUAAAGAGCAGACAAAAAAAAGGAAAUCUCGGUCUUCAUCUCCAGAACGAAGGAAGAAAAGCCGGUCUAAAAGUCCUAAAUAUCGACGCAGGUCUCACUCUCGAAGCAGAUCCACAUCAAGACACAGAUCACCCAAAAGCCAUAGAUAUGUAUCCCCAUUCCGAAAAUCUCCAAGGAGACGGAGUCAUUCUCAAGAAAAGAAAAGAAGCCCAUCUUAUCGAAAGAGAAGCCCAUCACCAAGAAAGAAAAGAAGCCCAUCACCAAGGAACAGGAGGAGGAGUCCAUCUCCAAGAAAAAGGAGGAGUCCUCCCAGGAAAAGGAGGAGCCCAUCUCCUCGGAAACGCAGAAGCCCAUCUCCAAGGAGACGGCAUAGCCCUUCUCCUCGUCGGAGGCGAAGUCCAUCUCCUCGGAAAAGGAGAAGCGUUUCCCCAAGGCCAACUGGUAGUUCUUCAUCUCGAAGGCGUCCAAGCCCACAUACAAGAAAAUGGGCUGGAUCAUCAUCUAGUCCACUGGACAGAUGGUCUGGACGAAGAAGAUCACCAAGUUCAAGUUCUGUGUCAAGUAGUUCAUCUGGAUCAUCUUCAAGUUCAAGUAGCCCAGCCAAGUCUAAAAGAAAUCAAGAGAGCACCAGAAGGGACACUAAACAAAGCCAAAACCAUGAACCUGCAAAGGCUGCAUCUCCUGUCAAACUAGGCAUUCAGCAACGGCGCCAUUACCGUACCCAUGAAGACACAGUUGAGAGUUCCAGCAGUAGUUCUUCUUCUUCAGAGGAUGAAGCUCCUCCACAAAAAGAGACUCGAGAUAGAAGAGACAGACGUUCAGAAUCCCCAAGGAAUCGUCGGUAUCCAUCACCUUCUAGACCCCGUGAUCGUUAUGGCAGAAGAGACAUUAUCAGAGAUCCUGGUUCUCGGCGGAUGAGACGACGUCCAUCUCCCUACAAUGUGCGCAGAUCACCCUAUAACUAUGGUCCAGCACAUGGUUGGUCUCCUCGGGAACAAAGAUAUAGAAGAAGUCCUCCGCCACGAUAUUCUCCAGUAAGAACAAGAAGAAGUCCACUUCCUCGUUCACCUGGACGAUCUAGAGACAGGAUGCGUGGAUCAUUCCGCCAAAGGGAAGCUUCUCGUUCUCCCUCACCACCCAGAAGAAGAAAUGUUCCUUCACCUGAAGGGUUACGAAGAAAGCAUGGUAGAAAGGUAUCACCUGAGAGUCCUCCACAUCGUCAAAUGAGACAGCAUUCCCCUUAUAGAUCGUCCCCUCCCAGAGUGAGACGUUCAUCUUCUCAUUCCUCACCACCACCGCAACAACCUCGCCAGAAAAGGAAUAUUUCACAAUCCAGAUCACCUUCACCCCAAAAAAUGCUCCGUGCAAGUCAUUCCUCCUCAGAAUCGCCUCCUCGUGUACUUAAGAAGCCUCUUUCAGGGCCAGGUAAAAGAGAUAGAAGUCAUUCUGAAUCACCUGCUGCUCGACGUGAGGUGUCUCCUGAGGUGACCAUUUUGUCUUCAGCCAGACGUCAACAGCAAGUACCGUCUUCACAUCAGAAAUCUUCAUCUUCUGCAUCUCGUUCCCCUUCCCCAAAACGCUACAGACAGUCCACCUCUCCAAGUUCUCCAGUUCAGAAAAUUGGCAAGUCUAUGAUGAGCCGACAACCACCUUCGCCAACUGUUGUGCGCCAAAGGAAAUCCCGGGAACUUUCCCGCUCUGCAGACAGGGAAGAUACUUCACUUCAGCUUACAAAGAAACGAUCAAGGUCCAAGAGUCUGUCAGCAAGUCGUUCACCCUCUCCCACUCAGACAAGGAGAAAAAAAUCACAAUCUCCACUUUCCAAGAAGUUACGGGAUGAUACAGACUCGAAUAAGCUCCCAGAUCCUUCUCCUAAAAAGUCCAAAAAUCUGGGAAAGGAAAGCCAAUAUCAAGCCUUGCUAAGUAGUCCAGAGUGCCUGUCCAAGACCCAGCCAUCUGGUGGCAGUCCUCCAGCUACAGCUGGCAGAUCUGAGCCACCUACUUCUAUGGAUACAGAUAUUGCACCUGCUGCAGAUAAAGACUAUCACCAGAACAAGAGUCAAUUGGCUGUAAGAUCAGAUUCAGCCAAGAAAAAAGUGAAGUCUGAAGCACCUGAAAAAGAGAAGAAGAAAAAGAAGAAAAAAUCAUCUUCAUCUGAGGGUUCUGACAGUGAUGCUGGGGCAAAGAAAAAAAAGAAAAACAAAAAGAAACAUAAAAAGCAUAAAAAACACAAGAAACACAAACACAAGAAGGGGAAGGAGGAAGGAGAGGCUGCUUCUGACAGUGGUGCUGAGCAAGAGAAGCUUGAGAAGUUGUUACGAGAGAAGGCCUUACAGUCUCUGAAGUCCAAAUCGAAUGCAUCUAAUGUUAAUGAAGCUAGUGCAGUGAUAUCAUAA